GGGCGACAGCGAGAAGUCGCCUUGCCGCCAUGUCGGCGUUAGCGUUGGAGGAGCUGUCUGCCAUUGCUGCUAUUUACUGUGGGCGGGAAGAAUGCGAAGUGCUGGAAGUGUCAGAAACAAAUGGAAUCUCAUUCAGGAUCCAGACCAGCGUGAAAGGAUCUUCAGGCACAGACAUAUUAUUAAAGUUGUUGUUUCAUCUACCACUCAGUUACCCAUCAAGCUUGCCAAACAUCUCUCUUCAUUCUGAACAACUUACAAGGACACAGUGUCUUGCUGUGAGAGCAAGAUUGCUUGAAGCAGCAGCAAGUCGUUUGUCUCAGCCCAUGGUACACGAGUUGAUCCUCUGGAUAGAGCAGAAUUUUCAGUCUAUCAUUAAAGAAGCUGAAAUUCCAGCCUGCGAUGGGCAAAAUACUCUGUCAGUGAAAAUACCCGAGGACAAUGACAUCUGGACUGUCCUUUUGCAUUUAGACCAUAUGAGAGCCAAAGGAAAAUAUAUCAAAAUGGUUGAAAAAUGGUGUAGAGAUCUUGACUUGGCAGGAAGACUGAUGUUUAUGGGCAAGAUGAUUCUCAUACUACUUCAAGGAGACAGGCAGAACAUUAAGGAAUACCUUAUUCUCCAAAAAACUAGCAAAGUGGAUGUGGAUUCGAGCGGAAAGAAGUGUAAGGAGAAAAUGAUGAGCGUACUCUUUGAAACAAAAGUACAGGCUGAACACAGAAGGUUUCAGGCAUUUGAAGUCAAAGACUAUUCAACGUUGGAUGAGCUACAACAUGAAUUUGAGGCCGCAGGACUCGCAAAACUGUUCAGUGAGUUUGUGUCGGUUCAGUUAAAGUAAUUCUGAAGCAAGCCCACACAACUGUGACUUAAACUGUCACUGAAUAUAUCGAAUGGAAGAGGAAGAUAACACAGAAGGUUUGGUGAUGAACAGAUCCUAAAGGUUUUCCGAAGCAAACUGUCACAAAAAAGCCAUCUCCUUACACAAAGCAUAAGACACUUUUCACAGUAGAACAGAUGUUACUUUGUUGUGUGCCCUGACAGCAUUUUCUUAGUAACUGUUGAAAGUUUUAACAGUUGAUACUUAAGAACUAUAGGUCAGGUGUGAAGGGAUUGUUGUAGUUCUUGGGAUUUGGAAACCUAAUUUUG